GAGUUUUUUUUUUCUCCAUUUGAAAAACUGGUGAAGAUGGGUAAAGAUUAUUAUAAGACGCUGGGGAUCUCUAAAGGAGCUACGGACGAUGAUAUAAAGAAAGCUUACAGAAAACAGGCGCUGAAAUGGCACCCGGACAAAAACAAGUCUGCAAACGCCGAUGAGAAAUUUAAGGAGAUCGCUGAAGCAUACGAAGUACUGAGCGACCCUAAGAAAAGGGAGAUUUAUGAUCAGUAUGGAGAGGAAGGUCUGAAGGGUGGAAGUGCUCCCACUGGUGAUGGACAGGGCACCAACUUCACCUACACCUUCCAUGGAGAUCCUCAUGCCACCUUUGCCACUUUCUUUGGCGGCUCCAACCCGUUUGAGAUGUUCUUUGGGCGCAAAGCCAACGGGCGAGAUGACGAGGACAUGGACGUGGAUGGAAACGACCCCUUCGGCUCCUUCACCGGCUUCAACAUGAACGGCUUCCCGCGGGACGGCCACGUGGGCCUCGGAGGGCAGCAGCGCCGGAAGCAAGACCCUCCCAUUGUGCACGAGCUGAGGGUCACCCUGGAGGAAGUCUUCCACGGCUGCACCAAGAGAAUGAAAAUCUCCCGCAAAAGGCUGAACCCAGAUGGCAGGACCAUGCGCACCGAGGAUAAGAUCCUCACCAUUGAGAUCAAGAGAGGCUGGAAGGAGGGAACGAAGAUCACAUUCCCACGGGAAGGCGACGAGUCGCCCAACACCAUUCCUGCUGACAUCGUCUUCGUCAUCAAGGACAAACCUCAUCCGCACUUCAGGCGAGAAGGAUCCAACAUCGUGUAUCCUGUUCGUGUGAGCUUAAGACAGUCUUUGUGUGGAUGCUCGGUUACCGUGUCAACAAUAGACGGGAAGACGUGCAACAUGAAAAUCACGGAUGUAAUCAAACCAGGCCUGAGAAAAACGGUGACGGGACAGGGUCUCCCUCUGCCCAAAAACCCAGAGCAGAGAGGUGACCUAGUGGUGGAGUUUGACGUGAACUUUCCGGAUGCGUUGCCUGGCAACGCCAAGGACGUCCUGAAGCGGCACUUACCUGCUUAGCACGAGGCAGUGGCGUGAAGGUGCUCAGACGCCGAGAAGAGACGGUACGCAGACGGACCCCCAACAGAUGAAUGUGCAAUUUCUAUUUUUGAGCUUUUUUAACUGUCAUGCAUGCUGCCAAACGGAUACAAGUGCAAUGAAGGACUGUUAUGUAGUGGUUAGAUGUAAGCGCGCCUUUGCCGCAGUCACAGCAGAUGACAACAUUUGGUUGCAAAAAAAUAUUUGCCAAAAAAAACUUAAAACCUUCCAGAACUCCUGGAAGAAAAUGAUUGCCAAACGAAACAUUUUUCUCUCAUUCUUACAGAUCCAGUGACACUUUUUAAAUCGUCUUUAGUGUUUUAUUUUGAUGGAUUCUGAAGCUCUCUUAGUAUUUGUGUGAAAGAUAUCUAAGAGGAAAACGGCUGCAUCGUAGGCAAAGAUGAUUCUUUGUUGUUUUAGUCAUGGAGUAGAAGCUUCUGCAGAUUCCUCCUCCAUGAAAUAAAGUGUAUUAACUGUACUUGAUUUAGCAUUGCUUAUACUCUUUGUAUUCUUUGUAGUUUGUGUAGCAUUACUCCAAAAAAGGAAAAAUGACUUCAUGAAAACUGUUUCUUCACAGCAGCAGGAGAAUCCUAAAUGAGAUCUAUUUUGAUAGCUUACUGUGAAUAUUUUGUUGUUGGUAACCACAUAUGUACAUUUUGGAUAUGCAAAUAUCAGAAUAAAAAAAAACUACUGUUACAGGAA